AUGUUCCAUACAAGUCAGUCUUUGCCGGUUCAGAUACAACCUGCACAUUUAAGACCCCUAGCAUAUCGUACAUUAUCGAAAAAAUUCGGUCUUAGUAUUAAAUCUGAUGGGUUAACUGCAUUGGCUCAAUUUAUUGGGCAGAACUUUAGUAUUGAUUGGAAAAAGAACCCAGAGACAAUAAAAUUUCUGGAAAAUUUUGCUACUGUGUGGAAACAACAGGAAAGAGGUCUAUUUGUGGAUAGUGAAGGUGUUCAACAAGUUAUUAAUGAAAUUCAAGAGAGACAAAAGACAUUAUCUCAAAAUAUUACUAAAAAUAUUACAAAUUCAAGAAUUAAUAACAAAAAUAAAUUAGACAAAUUUUUAAUUAAUAACAAUAAUGAGAAUGACAAUACCCCAGCAUUGCAUAGCGAAAAAACACCUGAACAGCUCAUAGAGACAUCUGAAUCUAAUUCCUCCUCAGGGGAGCAUAAUAAUCUGUCCCAAUCUGCGCUUCCAGAUGAUAAAGAUAACAAUAAUGAUAGUGCUAGCGAUGAAGACAUGGAUGCGUCCAUGAUGGCAAAUACUUCAAUGGUUAUUCCUGAUUUAUCGCAAGAAAUCAAUAAUGAUCUUGAUGAUAUACCUAUGGGUGAUGAUGAUCCCUCCAUUGGAAUACUAAAUAACGACCAUAGUGGUCUCGCAAAUAUACAAGGUUCAAGUGAGGAAUUGAAUUGGAGGGAUUAUUUCAAAUUUAUUAAUGCUACUGAAUUGCAAAAGUUCUCAUAUGAUCCAUUAAAAAUGCAUUUUAUUUUCACACCAUCAAAUAGAGUAAACUCCACACAAAAUUUUAAUUUGAGACUCCCUACUGUCAAGGCUAAUACAACGAUGUUUUCAACUAGAUACCAUUUAGUGAGAGAUAGAAUUAUGCGUAAUGAAGCGUUCCAAAGUACAGAAUCUUAUAAUCCUCUAUCAUCCAUGAUAUCCUUAAAGAAAGAAUUGACGCCAGGCUACGAACCGUCUAGCAAUACAGGCUCAUCGAUGUCGAUAACACCAGUCAAAAAUUUACUUGGUAGAGAUGGUCAAAACUUUUUGAUUUUGGGACUCCUAAGGAAAAAUUCUAAAGGAAAUUGGACUAUUGAGGACCCUUCUGGGGUUACAGAAAUUGAUAUCUCACAGGCAAUUCCUACAGAGGGUCUAUACUAUGUACCUGGGUGUAUUGUAUUGGCUGAAGGUAUUUAUUUUACAGUCGGAAAUAGAUUUCAUGUUACAUCUAUGACACAGCCACCUGGCGAAAGAAGAGAAGCCACGUUGGAAUCUAUCGGUAAUAUUGAUUUACUAGGUAUUAAUGGUUUAUCAAACCCAAACUAUAUAUCCAGAUUGAGUAGAGAUUUAAAGAUUAGACUUCAUUAUCUUGAACAAGAUCUAGCUCAUCACAGAUGUAUAAUAUUGGGUGGUGAUAUAUUCCUAAAUGAGAUGGCAACUAUGGAUGCAUUAAGAAAAGUGUUUACCAAAAUUAAUGAGGAUCCACCAAUAAUGAUCUUGUUAUAUGGUUCUUUUUCAUCUGUGCCUGUGUAUUCUUCCAUGACAAGUAAAAUGAUUAGUUCAACAACUCAAUAUAAGAAUAAUUUUGACACCCUCGCAUUACUACUAUCAGAAUUUAAAAACUUAACUGAAGAAACAACAUUUGUAUUUAUUCCAGGUGUUAAUGACCCAUGGAGCUCAACUAGUUCCUUAGGUAGUGCUAAUCUCUUACCACAAAGACCUAUACCAAGUGAUUUCCAACAAAAGAUGAAUAGAGUUUGUAAAAAUAUUAUAUGGGGCUCUAAUCCAUUGAGAAUUGCAUAUAUGUCACAAGAAAUAAUAACAAUGAGAGAUGACUUAGACGAUAGAUUUAAGAGACAUAGUGUGAUAUUCCCAAUGGUUGAAGAACAAAAAGAAGAAAACGUUGAAGAAUUAGAAAGACAACUUGAGGAUGUGUCUAUUAAUGACUCUACUAUCAUUCAUCAACUGAUUAAGGACACACAUCAACUGCCAACUGAAAUAGAACAAUCGAGAAAAUAUGUCAAAACUUUGCUGGAUCAAGGUAACCUUUCACCAUUUUUAACUACAAUUCGUUCAAUCGUAUGGGACCUGGACCAUUCUUUAGCAAUGCAUCCUAUUCCAUCAACCUUGAUAGUAUGCGAUACUUCUGCACCACGUUUUGAUGUUACAUAUAACGGUUGUAAGACGCUGAAUCCUGGUAAGUUUUUAUUAAAAAGAUGCGCAAGAUAUAUAGAAUACACACCCUCCUUGAAAAGAGCAACACAAGAGGAGGUUUAUUUUUAG